UCUAGUUUCAAAAUUUACCGUUAAUCAACCGUUAUUUGUAUUGUUUAAUUUUUCAUUCAUUGAAUAAGUAGAAAUUAAUGAAAUCUUUAAACCAGUUUAAUAAUUAUUCAAAUUAAUAAGUAUGCAAGGUGCCAAGAGCGAAUCAUUCAGGUUUCAAAGAAAUACUUCUAGAAACUCUUCAGGUUCAUCAACAAGAAGUGAAGGACAAGAACAUUGUCGCAAAAGGUUGAAAGACAAAUUCGAUGAAUGCGAAAAGGAAAACCCAAAUAACUAUGAAGACUCAAAAAACACAAACGACAGGACGGUUUUAUCAGUUUUAAACCUUAACGAUACUAGACGAUAUAUUAGAAAUGGAGCUGAGAGGAUAUCCAAGACCUUCAACACUGUUAGAGUAACAUUUGGAACAUUAUCACAGCGCUUCAAAUCUGCAACUAGAAGACGCCAAAUUCUGCAAGAAGGUCCCAUGACGCCCAACGGCCAAACUCCAUAUACCAAAUCGAGGCAAAUGUUGGGUAGAACACCUACAAAAAUGUACAGUCCUUUCGGUAUUGAGAGCCCUUAUUGUACGACCACGAUUGACAGAGAAAAUACACUUUUACCUAGUAGUUUAAUCAGAAAAUAACCCACCUUGUUAUUUUUUACUGAAACUCUAAGAUCUGUUUUUCUUGUACUUCAUAUACAUUUUAUUUUAUGUAGAUCAACGUUGUAUGUUGGUUUAAAUUACUAGUACUGUAUUUAUUUAAUUUUUUACUAACUUAUUGCAAGCUUUUUUUUACACUAUAUUUAGGUAUUCUAUUAUCUAUGUUUGUUUUAGUGUUUUUUUACUUAUCUUUAUUUUUAUACACCUAUUUAUUAAGCUUUUUUGGAUAAUAAAUUUCUACUAACUUUUUUAAAUUUGGGUAUUAUUCAUUUAUUUUCUUAUCCUACUUUUACUCAGUCAAAGACAGCAAAAUUUGAAUCAAUUAUUGAUGUUUGACUCGACUUCUACUGGUGCAUUUUUAUUAUUACUUCUAACAUAACAUAUCUUGUGUAUCAAUAUCCAAAAAGACAUUAAGCUGCAUAUUCAAAUAUUCCUCAAACAAAUUAUUGCUAAGCUUUUCUUCUCUGACUUUGCCCAUUAUUCGUGCCAGAGUCACCGCCAAUACGUGUUCACAGCUCAAGCUACGUUGCAAGUCCAAAACUUGACUGCUGAAAAAAUCGCACUGGCAAAAAUUAACGUUUCCAAUUAUGAUGUGUCGGUCUUGGGAUUUGGAUAUUUCGUAUACUUUUCUGAAAGAGUCUGGAGUUGAGUAGCAAGUUACUCUUGCUUUUUCCAGUAGUUGAGUGGCUUGGGUGAGUGACUCGCCAAAAUAGGAAUGGAGAAUUUCAAGAGUUUCAUUGGGAA